CACGUUUUUCUUUGCUUUGCACGUAUUUUAUUUGUUCUGAAUUAUGGAUAAUCCGGGUCCUAGUUGGUCAUCAGACAAAGACAGGAUGGAAGCUGCCAUGUCUGCCCUUAAUAUGAUUGCACAGGGGAAACGUAACAUGGUUUGUGGCGAGAUUCCAACAGCAGUGAACCAGUUCCAAGAAGCCUGUAAAGUUCUUUCUAAAUCCUAUGGAGAAACUGCCAAAGAGUGUGCAGAAGCCUAUUACCAGUAUGGGCGAGCUCUUUUGGACUUGGCCAGGAUGGAAACAGGAGUACUUGGCAAUGCUCUACAAGGAGUACCAGAGGAAGAAGACGGAGAGAAAAGUGCUGAUGAACAAUUUGAAAAGGGAGACAUGGAAGUUGAAGACCGUUACCGACUUCGAGCAGAAGUUGUUGAUGCUAUGUCUGAAAAAGAACUUGCUUCUGCUGAAAAAGAGAAAGAACAAAAGGAUAAAGAGAAGGACGGGGAAAAGAAAGAUGAAUCGAAUGUUGAAAAAGAAGUGGAAAAGAACAAAGAGAAAGAUGAAUUAAAGGAUGAACAGAAAGAUGAGAAAAAGAAUGAGGAGAAAGAUAAAGAAGAUGAAACGAAAGAUAAAGAAGUAAAGGAUGAAACGAAAGAUAAAGUAAAGGAUGAAGAGAAAGAUAAAGAACUCAAGGAUGAAAAAAAGAAUGAAAAAGAUGAGGAGGAAUGUAAGAAAAUAGAUGAAGAAAAGGACAAAGACGAAGAAUCAAUGGACACAGACGUUGUCGUUAAUGAAACAAAAGAGGUGUUGUCUGUUGAGGAUAAGCAAAAUGAUGCAAAAGAUGAAACUAAGCUGAAUGAAAAGAAAGAAAACAAAGAGAAAGAUGAAACCGAAAUAGACAAGAAAGAGGAAAAGAUGGAUGAAGACCGCAAACUGAAAGAUGAAGACCAAGAGACAAAAGAAAAAAAACCUGAAGGUGAAUCUAGUUCGACAAAAAACAGUACAGAGGAUGAGGAAGAAGAGGGCACAGAAGAGGAGGGCACAGAGGAAGAUGAGGAUGAAAGUGAGGCAGUUGAUACAGCAGAGGAAGGUGAUAACUCUCAGGAAGAAGGAUCACAAGGAGAGAAAGAAGGGGAGGAAAAUGCUGAUGACGUAUCAAAUCUACAGCUGGCUUGGGAAAUGUUGGAGCUGGCCAAAGUUAUAUAUUUGAAAGAUGAAGACAAAGAGGCCAAGUUGAAGGCAUCAGAUGCAUACCUAAAACUGGGAGAAGUCAGUCUAGAGACAGAGCAAUAUGCACAAUCAAUAUCGGAUUUCACAGAGUGCCUAAAUAUUCAGAAAUCUGUUCUUGAUCCAGAUGAUCGGUCACUGGCAGAAACUUAUUAUCAGCUUGGACUUGCAUACAGUUUCAACAAGGAAUAUGAUGAAUCUAUAGACAGUUUCAGGGCAGCAGUAAAGGUGAUGGAAAGUAAGAUAGAUUCACUACAGAAGCGAUUAGACGAUGACAAGUUCCCACCACCAAAAGAAGGAAGCUUUGAUGACCCAAAGAAGCUUGCAGAACAAGAAAUAAAUGACUUGAAAGAAAUAUUACCAGAUAUUAGAGGCAAGGUAGAGGAAGUUAUCGAGGAACGAAGACAAAUUGAAGAGUUGAAGAAGAUGGCCAAAGAGGGCAUGUCUGUGAUCACCGAAAGUCUUGGUCUUCAAAAACCAGAAGAAAAGUCUAAAGAUGAACCAAAAAAGCCUGUUUCUGACAUCAGUCAUUUGAUUCGCAGAAAGAGAAAGCCAGAUGAGGAGGAAGAGCCAGUUGAACCCAAAAAAUCCCGCCAGGAGAAUGGAUCAGGUGACGCCCCACCAAAGGUGAAUGGAGUUAAUGGCGACAAAGAAAGUAUGGAUGUGGAUGAUAAAAAGGCAGAUAGUGAGGCACCUAAACCAACAGAAGCAGUGGCCUCUUGAACAGUUCCUCUUGGGAUCAAUCUUAGUCUUUCUGGAAUUGACCACAGGAACAGUUUUCAUACUAUAAAGGAUGUGUACUGGGGCAUAAAGCUCCAACGGGACUAACAUUCAGCUGUGUGAAUGAGAGAAGUGUUGUGAUCUAAACCUCACUGGUGUAUGUUUGACACUAUACAUGUCAGUGUCACUUUCAGUGAAGUGUUUGUACACUUGGGACCGCGAUGUAAAGCAUGGAUCCUAUUGGGUUUUUUUCCUCAUGGCAUAUUUCAUAUUUACUUCAGCAGGUUUAUACAUUUUGUACAUUUUACACAAACCUGCUGUUUCAUUGAACACAUCAUGUUUAGUUAUUUAUGUUUGCACCUGAUCACUGCUGCAAAUUCUCUGGAAUUUCUGACCGUGCGAUUCCCUAAGAUCUACCAGAGAGGGUGAAUGUACAAAUACUUUAUGUGGAAGCUAAAAUGUUUGACCUAUCAUUUGGCAUUUACAAAGUACAGUUUAUUUAUAGCCACAUUGAUAUGCAUACAAAUUAAUGUGCUGAAGGAUAAAAUGUUGAAAUGAA